AUGCCUAUGCCUGUUCGCGAAUCCAAACGCUGUGAUUCGUUCUUGGGCUCUCCUUUGGCUAUUAGAGAUCAUUCCGUUCUUGGGUUCUAUCGACAAGUUAGUGUCUGUUUUAGCAAGUGUUUAACAAGUGGUUGCACAAAUAGAUUUACUGGAUAUUACGUAUAUUCUAAGUUUAGAUUCAAAUCGAAUUGGCAGCUCUUCUACCGCCUCUCAACCUAUUCCACACAUUCUACUCGUUUGUGCACGUUUCUUCAAACUUGUCGGAACUUCUCGCAACUCGAAUGUCGAUAUCGAACAUGUCGAGUUGAACUCUCCGCGCCGAUAUCGCUCAGGCGUCAAGCGACAGGAUUCAUCACGUUGUACCUUCGAAAUGGAUCUCCCUCCGGAUUUUUUCAAAUUCGCCUCGCCUCCAAACGAAAGGAGUCGCUUGAAAAUACUAUUCUACGCGCGAUGUCUUCCCGAUCGAAAGGGAAAAUGCUGGGAAAAGUGCGACGCGUCAUCAGAGUGUGUCCCUUUGCUCUGGUAGUGGAUAAUAGGGAAAUUGAAUUGUCCCAUUUGCGCACUACCAUGGACGGGAUUAAUAUUAAAAUGAGAAAAUUUUCGCUAUGUGAAGGAUAGAUGGCGAUAGUGAAUUUUUUACUUUCUGUUGCCCCCACGAUUUGUCGAG